AUAGAAUAGUGCCCUACACUUUACUUCAAAACAAUUAGAUAUGUUUAAAACACCUCUCAACCCUACCUGAAAAUAAUAAUAAUAUAAAUCCCAACUCGCCAACUACAUAAUAAUACGCGAACAGAGUUAUGGCGGGCAUGUAUAACUACUCCAGCUUAAAAUUUGAAGCGGAGCGUGGACUUCACGAUGAUCAUCACCUGGGAAAUGAGCAUCGGUCCCGGGAUUUACAUUUACCCAUGACCUCUAGUCCAAGCAAACUGUUGGGAAGCAGCCUUGAGAGCCGCGAGAAGGCUAUUGUGGACAAUAUAAAUGCCGACCAGGAUGCCACAGCCAGGAUCCCGUACGUUGAUUCAGAUAAUGCCUUAUCACUACCAUUGGGAAAGCAUAAAGUGCUGGACAAGUAUUCGGAUACUCAGGAGGAUGAUACAUCAGUUCGAAAAUAUCUAGUGGUGGGCGUUCAGUGGGUCUCCCUGGUCACCGAGAACCUGUUAAGCCAUCCAUUUGUAGUGCUGCGAAGGCAAUGUCAGGUGUACAAUGCCUCGAGACGCUACCAUCUGCAUCCCUUCCAGCUGCUGCCCAGCAUUGUGCACCUGCACAGAAGGCAGGGACUGACUACCCUGUGGAAGGGCGUGGGCAGCUGCCUCCUGGUUCGCGGCAUGACCCUGGCCAUAGACGACUUCAUCUCGAAAGUGACCAGCUGGCCCAAGGAUGUGGACAGUCGCACCACCCUGAAGCGAUUCGGCCAGCAUGUUCUGCUCAAAUGUAUAAGCAUUGGGCUGGUGGUGCCCUUCCAUGCUGCCUCUCUCGUCGAGACGGUGCAAAGCGAUAUAGCCAGCGAGAAGCCGGGUCUUUUCGAUGUCUUUCGGGAGGGCAGCCUGCGACUCUUCUACUGGAGCUCCCCGCAGAAGGGACGAAUGCUACCGGCCUGGGCUCUAAUUGGGCCCAGCGUUUCGUUUGGCAUCACCAAGUACCUCUUCAACCUGGUCAUACGGGGUGUAUCCUCGCGCAUUAUGCGGCGACGAAUAACGACGAAUUCUCAGGACAGCCAGGGAGGAAAGUUACACGACAAUACGCUGGAGCAUCAGAACGCGGAAAUAUACGCCAGCCUUAUCGCCAUCCUAACCACUGAGGUCAUAUUCUUCCCGCUCGAGACGAUCAUGCACCGUCUGCAGCUCCAGGGAACACGAACCAUAAUCGACAACCUGGACAAUGGCUACGAUGUAGUCCCGAUUCUGACAAACUAUCAGGGUGUCGUCGACUGCUAUCAGACCACCAUCGUCUCCGAGGGCGUUUCGGGGCUGUACAAGGGCUUCGGAGCCAUGAUCCUGCAGUUUGCAGCACACGUUGCUGUCAUCAAGCUGGCCAAAUGGGUUGUGAAUCAAAUUGCCGAGGUCAUAUCGAAUCGACCACCACAGCGAAUAGUGCAGUACUAUAAUCUGGAUGGCAUUGCCUGCAACUCGAGGUCCACGACCUUGUCGCCAAGCCUCUCCAGCACCGAAAUGGAGGAGAAUAGUGUUGGUCAGAAUUCACUAGAUUAGUUAUUUGCUAGUCCAAUUAUUAUGCAUAUGUAAAUUAUACAAAAAUAAUUUAAAUGUUCAAAA